AAGUGCCAAGCAUCCGCUAUACCGUAAGUAAAAAAUAAAUAUACCUACGUAUACAUGAAACAAAGGUUAAUAAAGCCGCUGCAGCUCGCAGUAGCGUCAUAAAAAGUUACUAGCAUUAAUACCAUUGGAUUUUUGCUGAAUGCUGCUACUACUUAUCAAAUUAUUAACUCUAAGAGGUUAUAAUAAUCUUGACGCCAUUGACUAACGGACAUAAUUAAAAUCAUUGCCCGAAUAAUACAACGCAUCGAAAGAAUGAUCUAGUAUAGUUUACAUGCAAGGGACAUUAAUUGGAUUAGUUCUAAAUCCUAAAGGGAAUUUAUCAAUCUGUUGGCAAUAGACCGUGAAGGACGCGACACAACCGGGAGUAUGGAUCUAGAACAGAAAAACAUAGAAAUCAGCUCUCUUACAUCGUUAUAUAUUUGCCUUCUCGAAUGGAUGACACUCACGUGCAGUUUGUUUGUUUUUCCAGCAUUUUCAUAGACUUUUCCUUCGUGAAACAGAAACAAGAAAUACAGGAGCAGGCGAGAAUCUUGAAAGAGCAGGCCAAGACCGCCUCCUCGAAGAAUGUGUGGCCGCAAUUCAAUAAACCAAAUUAAUAUCUUAGUUCGAGACGUUUUUCGUUGCUUCUCGCACGUCGCAGUAUAUUCGUAGUUUUCAGUUCUUUGAAGAUUUUCAUUGGCUGGAUCAUUGGUCACGUUAUUUAUUUCAGAACUGUUCUCUCCCCUAUUUGAAAUCGUUAGUCAUCACAUUUAGUCAGACAAUUGCAGAAAAUAGUUUUCUCUUUUAAACAAAUGAACGUGACCAUUGGCCCAUAAUUAAAUCUCUUGAUAGUCGUUCGAUAAAGCGUUUACUGAUUCAAACUCUUUUGCUUUACAGUUUAUUACCUCUAUCGUAAUUAGGAUCGUAAGAUCGCUACGUAUACAUAUAUAUACAUACUGCAAUUUGUGUAGUGAUUUUUUAGAGAAACUAGAAAAAAAGAAAGCAAACGGCAAAGAAAGUUUUUUCGAAUAACCCCAUACUAAGCAAUUUGCAUGCUGUACCGUUGGAAGUAAAGUCAACAAUUAACCAAAGUAAAUGUUCAUGAAAAUUAGCAGCCUCACUAAUUUUUGAUACUCAUACACAAUCAACAAGCAAUUCUCGAGAAUUACACGUUUAUUGUCUUGUGAAAGCAAUUCUGUAGGUUGGUAUCCUACCAAUAGUGUGUGGUAUCCUAUACUAUAGUGUUCUAAACAGUAAAACGUCAUGUAAUUCUCGAGAAAAGGCAUCAAAGAUCUAGUUGAGACAUAUUUGUGACUCGAUUAAUGAAAAGGGCAUGGAAGCGGUCCGAAAGUCGCUCUCGAACAAACAAUUGGCGAUAUAACCCUGGCUGCUGCUAACCGAUCUGACAAAAUCGAGGCAAAUGAAUUAAAAAUAGUCCGUGUGUACACAUGCGAUGCAAUGGUACAGCCCGAAGAAACCGGUGAAGUACGACCCAAGUAAGAGCGAGGCUUACAAGGCUCUGCAGGAGGAAGCUCUCGGCGACACAGUGCAGGAAGUGAGACCGGUUCGUACCGGUGUUUUCUCUCCGCAGAGGGCUAAUCAAAAUAGGGUAAAUACUCAUGAUGACGAUGGCGAAAAGAUCCAUCAAAGUAACAGCUUCAAGAGGAUCAUGUAUAGUGUUUUGGGACAAACCGAUUAUUAAUUUGCGAACUGACGUUAUAAAUAUAUCUAAAAUAUAAAAUAUAAAUAUAUAUAUAUAUAUGUUUAAUUUAUUAUUUAUCGCAACAAAUAUUACUGUAAAAAUGAUGAAGAAUUAAACAUGAUGAAAGAAUUGUUAAAAUAACAAGAAACUGUUGUUCAAAGAUAGACCAAACAUGUAACCUGAGUAGAAAUUUCUACAUGGUGCUGCAAAUUUUAUAUAAUCAACUUCAAUGUAUAUUACAUCUUUUCCUGGCUGAAAUUCUGAUAAAAAAUCAUGCAAUUAAAUAAACAUUCAGUGUGAGUCACAUAAUAAAAGGACUAUUAUUUUAUAUGACCUUGUUACAGUCUUUAAUAAAAUUAAAUAAUAAAUAUAUUACACUGAAAAACAAAAUGUUAGACAUUAUUGAGAAGAGAAAAAAUUGUUUAAAAAUAUCGAAUAAUAGCUAAUAUAAUUUAAUAUCAUAAUAAGAUGCUACAAUAUUUAUACAUAUUGACACAUCUGUAUUAAUACAAGUAAACUUCAAUUUAUUUUCAUUAGCAACUUUGGCUUGUUAAAUUUUACAACCAAAGCAUAUAUGUAUAUAUAUCGUUGUUAUUAUGCAUGUAAUAACAAGAAACGAUGAGUGGAAUAAGUACCGUAAUUUAUACAGAAUUGCAUCUAUAAUAUUCUAGCGGAUUACAAAAUAUCAUGUGCUAUUGUUUUGUAUAACUCAAGUUUGAUACAAUAUUCUCUUCACGGUACGACAUAUAUUCCAUUCAUAAAACAAUAUCUUUUAAACAAUUCCUACGUAGAAUAUAAAUACUGUGCCUUUGCAGACUAUGCAGCAAUCAAUGCAUAUCAUUGGCCAAGAUAAAGUAAUAGUAAAAUAUUUUUCUUUAAAUAUUCCAACUAGUACUAGCAAAUUGUCUUCUACUUAUAUCUUGUUCUUUCUUUUUUCCUUUUUUUUUUUCCUUUAGAAGGGAGAAAUUUUUGAAACUUUCCGAAGAGCAACAUUACGAUUCGAUCUCGUAAACGUGUUUUCCUUUCAACUAAAUUCACAUAAUCUACAUCUCCACAAUAUUUUACGCAAACGAAUCUAACGCUGCAACAUGUCUCUUCGUAUAUUCCUACUAACCUACCAAUCAUUUAAUUCUUUAUAAAAAUAGAGCAAAGAUAAAGAAUUAAAUUAAUUGGCUGUUCUUUGCUACGGCUUAAGUAAAUGAAUAAAAAAAUUGCCGUAAAUAUACAUCUUCGAACCUCAAAAAGUUUCAUUUAAAUCUCCACAGUCGUAGUUAUCAGUAUAUUUACGCUCUGCGUAAAAUUGUUGUAUAAAUUAAAAAUAAUACUUUCUUUUUAAUCUUAUUUGUUCCGUAAUUUUAUAUUAAUGUACAUUAAUAAAAUAAAAUACAAAACGUCAACGCACGAAUAUUUUCAAUUAAUGCAACAACUGUUUCUUCACACUUUGAGCAAUGAGUAAAUCAUGUUAGAAAAUUCCAGACAGAUAAUUUUCGUCUUUGUGAUAUAUUUACAUAAUAAAAUAUUCUUGCUCUCAUUCACUGCAUGGGUUCAACAUUCAUCUCGCACACCAACAUAAAUAUGUCACCUAUUUAAAAAAAAAUUAUAUAUAUAUAAUUUUCUAAUAUA